AUGCUCUCUCGAUCUCCACUCCGACUCUUCUCGCGUUCUUUCGGAGGCCGUGUCCAGCCGCUCAAGGCAACCAAGCCCAUCAAGGCCCGGCCAGUCACCAGUGCCGCACCGGCUCCCUCGGCCUCCUCCGGCUCCCACCACCAGGGCCACCACCAGCAUGGCAACAACCAGCACCAGCGAUGGCGUUUCGGACGAUACGCUGCUGUGCCCCUCGUCGUCGCGACCGGCGCCGUCAUGACGCUCCGCUCUCGCGCCAAGGCUGAGGAGCCUACGUCAGGCGGGCUCAGUGGCAUUUCCGGCGUUCCCGCCUCGGCCCUCGUGCGCGCUUACCUCGUGUACACGCUUUGUGGCUUCCCGACCCUCAUCGACAUUUCCCCCAAGCUCCUCGACGUCUGCACCAAGUCGCCCAUUCCCGGCGUGAAGCAAGUGACCGAGGUGAUCAUCCGCCGCACGUUCUUCGACCAGUUCGUCGCCGGCGAGGACAUUCCCGAAUGCAUCCGCAGUGUGAACGAGCUCGGCGCACGCGGUAUCGGUGGUGUCCUCAACUACUCUGCCGAGGCGGAGCACGACGAUGGCAAGCACGGCGACUCGCACCGCGCUGCCGAGGAUGCCAACUACCAGGAGUCUUACCACGCCAUCGAGGCCCUCGGACGGCACGAAGCGUCCCUCCCGCCGGCAGCCCAGGGCUCGGCCUCGUACGCCAUCAAGCUCUCGGGUCUGAUCGACAUUGACAUCCUUGAGCGCGCCUCGAACACGCUUGUCCGCAUGCGCCCGCUCGCUGGCGACAAGUCGCUCACCGACGCCCCCUACCCCGGUGUUCCGCAGGUGUGCGACGCCGUUGUCAUUGCGCCUUCCGACACUACCUCCAGCCGCGCCAUGAUUCCCUCCGUCUCGGGCGCGAUCGAGCCGACGGGUAUCCUCGCCUCUGACCCGGACGUCAGCGACUCUGACCUCGCCGAGCUCAAAGUGUUCUGGGAGAAGAUGCGCCGCCUCUCCGACCUGGCCGCCGACAGCAACGUGCGCCUCAUGAUUGACGCCGAGUACGCCGCAACUCAGCCGGCCAUGGACGCGCUCACGCAGCUCCUGUCGAUGGAGUACAACCGCCCCCGGCCGGGCAAGCCGUACCACGGCCCCAUCAUCUUCGGCACGUACCAGAGCUACCUGCGCCGCGCACCCCACCUGCUCGACAGUGCGCUGAAGCACGCCGAGGAGAAUGGCUACGCGCUCGGCAUCAAGAUCGUCCGCGGAGCGUACUUUGUCAAGGAGCGCAAGCGCUGGCUCAAGGACGGACGCACGGGCGCGGACCCGAUCUGGCCCGACAAGCCCGCGACGGACGCGGCGUACAACCAGUCUGUCUCGAAGAUUGUCUCGACGCUGCAGCGCCAGCUCUCAGGACCGCGGCCUGAUCUGGCUCUCUCGGUCGUGUUCGCGACGCACAACCCCGAAUCUGUCGCGCACGUUACGGAGGAGCUGAAGCGGGCUGGGCUCGCCGAGCCGAGCGCCGAGACAGAGUACACUGGCCGCUUGAGGCUGCGCGACGACGUGCGCGGUAAGCUCUUCGUCGCCCAGCUCUUCGGCAUGCGCGACGACAUCACCGACGGCGUCGUCCAGACCUUCGACUCGGGCGCCGUCCCCGUCGCCCUCAAGUACAUCGCGUACGGCAAGCUGGACGAGGUCCUGCCCUUCCUCGCGCGCCGCGCUAUUGAGAACAAGGCAGUCAUGGCUGGCGAGGGAGGCGCGAGCGUCGAGCGCAAGCGCGUCUCGGACGAGCUCUGGCGCCGUCUCGUCAACGCCUGA